AUGUCAUACAAAACACCAAUGAGGACAAGGUCUUCCUUGGGCAAUUCCUCCAGCGCGUCUGUUUCAUCGUUAUCCACUCCUACGCGACCAUCGUCAUCUGUUAAAUCAACAUUUCGCCCACCUUCCAGGCCAACCACAAUUAGGUCCUCUUCACCCGUUUUGCAGCAUCAACAGCAACCAAGAUCGAGACCAGGCUCUGCCCUUGCAAAUAGCCGUCCUGGGACCCCAAUUAAUUCAGGAAACUAUUGUCGUCAAGAACCGUAUACAGGUACUAUUACUGUAUCUAUACGUCCCAAUCCUCGAUCAUUCACCCAUGGAGCGCAACAAAAUUGGCACAUAAACUCUUACAAUAACAGUAUAUCUCAUGUAGAUGGAAGCAGCUUUGUUUUUGACAACGUCUUCGAAAAUGACACCAAUCUGAAUAACAACUACCAGGUGUAUUUAAAGGCAUGCAAGCCGAUAGUUGAAAAGUUUCUCGACGAAGGUUACAAUGGGACAGUGUUUGCAUAUGGGAUGACUGGGUCAGGAAAAACCUAUAGUAUGAAGGGAAAUGAGGAGGAGUCGGGGUUUGUCGAAUUGGCAGUAAAUGAUUUGUUUGACAAGCUUGAUCGUAUGGGGGAGAUGGUGACGCAUAAAAUUAACGUAUCAUACCUUGAAAUAUACAAUGAACGUAUUAUCGAUUUGUUGAAUACUGGUAAUGGCUCCACAAUGACGAGCAAUGAUUUAAAAAUUAGGGACGAUCCCGAAUAUGGUGUGAAAGUUAUCGGAUUGAUGACCCCGUCUGUGUCCUCCAGGCAACAACUACUUUCGUUGAUUCGGAAAGGUGAUCUUAACAGAAAAACAAGUGCCACCGAUUUCAAUGCAAGAUCUUCGAGAUCACACUCGAUCUUGCAAAUCAGACUAAAGGUUGUGAAUGACCUUACCAGUUGUGAAACAACAUCCACCUUGUCAAUGUGUGACCUUGCGGGUUCAGAGCGAGCAUCAUCAAGCUUGGAAAGAAGGAAAGAAGGAUCAUAUAUCAAUAGGUCUUUGUUAGCGUUGAGUAAUGUCAUUAACAAGUUGUCAGCCUCGUCUAAUGGCGUUAUAGAUCAUCAUAUAAGUUACAGAGACUCAAAGUUGACUAGGCUCUUACAACCUGCAUUGAGUGGUAGGAGUUUGGUGCUGAUAUUGUGUACAAUCCAUAUGGGAUGUGGUAGCAAUGCCACUGCACAGCAAGCAGUUUCAGAAACUUACAAAACUUUGAGAUUUGCUGCCAGGGCGAAGGAUAUUGUCAUAAACGUUGAAAAGAACGUUGGAAGAGGCAUUGAAUUGAGUGAUACAGAGACGACAAAAAUAAUACAAGAGUUGAAUAAUACAAUUGAACAACAAAGGCAUGAAUUGCUAUUAUUGAAAUCAAAUAAUAUCGAGGGUAUGUCUGCUCUGGAUACCUCAGUGGUUUCAGAUAAUGCAUUGAGAGCGGAAAACAAAGUUUUAAUGGAGAAAAUUAAUCACCUCACCCGACUCACUGAUUUGCAAAAGACGGAGACAGUUAUUGUUAAAGAUAGCGCACUUAAUGAUAUCAUCGGUUCCGGUGCGGAUAACGCCCAACUUUAUGUGGCUAAUAUUGAAGAGUUGUAUAAACGCAUAACACAUGAGAGAAACGAAUAUGACAGCUACAUUGCGCAUCUUGAACAACAAUUGAAGAUGGCUUAUAUGAAAACACCAAAUCAGAACUCAUCCAAUUCAAAUAACAGCGAAUUAAUGGAUGUACUCAAGGAGCAGGAAGAGGAGAUACUACAACUCAAAGAAACAAUCAAGGACAAGGAUCAUAUAAUAAGAAGCUUUUCCAAAACUUCUAGGUUGCGAAAGUUGGUGGAAUCAAAUGUCAAAACAAAUGUGUCGAUGAAUAAGCCAAGUUAUACCUCUUUGGAUCAAGAUUACAAACGUUCAAUGGGAAUACACAGUCAAGACAGCGAUGUUUCUAUGGAUAAGGAGAAUGAAGUUGGGACGACGUAUGAUUUCUCAGUAGGGCCAAAAAAGGCAAGAGCAAGCUUUGAUCUCAUGCAAACGCUAUAA